CGUCUCGUAAUCUUCUGACUAACUCUCAAGUAAUUGUUUUUGCUUAUCAGUUCUCUAGUAUUUUUCCACGUGUUUAGUGCAUAAAGUAUCACAGGACAAUCUGCUCUCUUAUUCAAAGUGAUUUUUUGAUAAUCCACUAGAUUUUCUGCGAGUUUUUUGCUAAACUUUUUCGGUAAGCAAAGGAACGGUAAAAGGUGACUGACCUCUUUCUACACGGGAAAUGGCAUUAAAUUUCAUCAAAUUCACUGGUCACAAUUGCAUACAGUCCACUAUUCGCGUAGUGAGAAACAUGAGCACGGUUGAGGUGAGUGUGAAGCAAGGGAAAAUCCGCGGUUUGCAGGGAAAUCUCCGCAAUGGGGCACCUUUUUAUGCUUUCAAGGGCAUCCCGUAUGCCAAACCACCAAUUGGAGAAUUGAGAUUCCGGCCUCCCGUGGCGCUGGAACGCUUCCCGGACGAGGUAUUGGAUUGCACGAAGGAAGGAGACGCGAGUGUCCACAAAGAUUCCUACACCGCCAAGAUGGUGGGAUCUGAGAACUGCCUCUUUCUCAAUGUCUACACCACGAGUCUGGGGGAAGGACAGAAGACUGAAAAACUGCCUGUGAUGGUGUGGAUUCACGGUGGAGCCUUCAUGAUGGAUUCCGGGAGUGAGAAUUUGUACUGCCCAGAGUAUCUUAUUCAGGAAGGAGUGAUUGUGGUCACUCUCAACUAUCGUCUUGGUCCAUUGGGCUUCCUCUUCUACCCACAGAAGGGCAUUAAAGGCAAUGCUGGACUGAAAGAUCAACUGUUAGCUCUCAAGUGGGUGCAGGAGAACAUUGAGAAGUUCGGCGGAGAUGCGCAGAAUGUCACGCUCUUCGGCGAGAGUGCCGGAGGAGCGUCAACUCAUCUUCAUCUGCUCUGUGAGCAAUCCCAGCCUUUCUUCCAGCGCGCCAUUUGCCAGAGUGGCACGUCGCUAAUGGAGUGGGUGAUGCAAGAAGAGCCCGAGCAGAAAGCUGUCCGGCUGGCGAAGAUUGUGGGGUGCAAAUCCAAUGCUGAAGAGGAAAUUUACGAAUCUCUGAUGAGCGCUUCCGCCCUUGAUUUGACAUUGGGCGCUGUGAAAACACUGACAGAGGAUGAAAAGCGACGUGGAUUGCCAAUUCCCUUCAAACCCGUUGUGGAACUCGAGGAGGACGGUCUGCUGAUUGACACGCCACUGAACAUUCUCGCAUCGCUGGAGAGCAUCGAGAAACCCCUGAUUUUGGGUCACACAUCGAAAGAGGGCAUAAUUAUGCUGUUGGACGCAGUGCGGAAAAUUAAUGUCUACGAAGAGGACUUUUCCAGAAUCAUUCCCAAAUCCUUGAAUGUCUUGCCAGGGAGUCAAACGUGCGAGAGAGUGGCGGAAGAGAUGAGGAAAUUCUAUUUUCACGGUGAGAAAAUCUCCACUAAAACCAUUCCGCAGUUCACGGAUUUGCUCUCAGACUACAAUUUCGUGAUUGGCAACCAUGUAACGGCCGAAAUUCACGCAAGGAAGCAGAACAGGUCGCCCUUGUUCUUCUACCGCUUCUCAUAUGACGGCGAGCUGAAUCUGCCCAAGAGACUCUUUGGACUGGGUCAAAACCCAGGAGCUUGUCAUGGUGAUGACAUGUUUUACCUAUUCAAGAUGAAGAUGAUGGACAUAGACGUGGACGAGGAGUCGGAAGCUUUCAAGUUGCGGGCAACCAUGUGUCGCCUGUGGACGAAUUUUGCCAAGUAUGGCGACCCGACGCCUCCACAGGACACCACAUUGCCCUUCAAGUGGACUCCCGUGGCUCCGGCCCAGGGGGCGGUCUUUGAACUCAACGCCCUCGAGAUUGACCGCGAGAUCAAAAUGAUUGUGGACCCGGAGAAGGAGAGAAUGGACUUCUGGCGGCGGCAGUACAAGCUGUGGAACGAUAGUUUUCUCAAGCCGAAACUCUAAAAGUCCUUUGUGCUCUCUUCGAACCCAGCUUUUGCAAGUGUCAAGGCGAGACUUAAUAUUUAUAGUGAAAUUAUCUUUAAUUUAUACUGUUAUGGUAAUGAAAACUAAAUUGAAAAUAGUUGACAAAUGAAUAAAUGUAUUUUUUCUGUAAUAAACUUGGGAAUA